UCUCUAAUUCGCACCUCCCGGUUGCAGUCAGUCAGCCAGGAGGCACCAAACUGUUAGCAAGGAAGCCAAGGCUCUGGGUGACUUCCACUACCCUCCCACUUCCCUACUCCAGGCAUAUUUUGGAGAGGCUGGCGACAGUGGCAGGAUGUGAGAGGAGCGCAGCGCUUGCCCCUCGCACUCCUCUCUUUGAGGGCUGGGGUGCGAGUGGCUUCUGCGCACUGGCUGGAGGGCUCCGGGAAGCGCUGGAGCCACGCAGGAGGGAGGCGGGCGAGCUGGGUGGGUGCAAGCUAGGCUGCCUGCACCACAGCCCGGCUGAGCCGGUGGCUCCGCUGCUUUCUGGAGCUCGCGAGUCCCGUGAGCGGUGGUAGCACCGCCAACUGGGGUGCCCCGCGUCCCGCGUCCCAGCGUGGCGCGCACUGUUCGGCCUGAACCAGGUGCGGCUGGAAGGAGGCAGCACCAAAGCUAACUCGCUCCAAAGAAUCUUGGAGGCGGGCACCUUUGAGAAUCCAUUCACUCAGCUGAGAAGUGGUACCUGCCAUUCUAACUAUAGGGUCUAAUGAUUUGGAAACCUCCUGUAACCUGUCCCCUCUCCAGUACAUCCCGAAGUCCACAGAAGCGGCACUGAACUCCAGGAAUCUUCCGAACUUCCCAGGUAUCCUCGCUGGCUUAGGACUGGAAGUGUAGUGAACCUGGUGGGAGACUUUGAGUCCGCGGCGUGGGAGACACCUUCCAAAAGCCCCCUCCAUCCCAUUCCUCUCUGGGCAGCUUUACUGGCCGCCCUGGAAGCCAAACCCUGCGCUCUUCUGAACUCUGCUCUUCAUCGCGCCCUGGGCAUGGAACUAUACGCCUGAAACCUGCUGGACCUUGCUGGUUGUUUUGCAAGACUCAGCUGCCAGAGAACUUGAACAAUGAAGCUGCCACUUCUUCUGGCCCUGGUGGUCUGUUCUGCAGUCAGUACAAAUUUGAAGAUGGUGUCAAAAAGAAAUUCUGUGGAUGGCUGCAUUGAUUGGUCGGUGGAUCUCAAGACAUACAUGGCUUUGGCAGGUGAACCUGUCCGAGUGAAAUGUGCCCUUUUCUACAGUUAUAUCCGCACCAACUACAGCAUGGCCCAGAGUACCGGGCUCAGGCUCAUGUGGUAUAGAAACAAAGGUGACUUGGAAGAGCCCAUCAUCUUUUCAGAGGUCAGGAUGAGUAAAGAGGAAGACGCCAUAUGGUUUCACUCAGCUGAGGAACAAGACAGUGGAUUCUACACUUGUGUUUUAAGAAACUCCACAUAUUGCAUGAAGGUGUCAAUGUCCUUGACUGUUGCAGAGAAUGAAUCAGGCCUGUGCUACAAUAGCAGGAUCCGCUACUUAGAGAAAUCUGAAGUUACCAAAAGAAAGGAGAUCUCAUGCCCAGACAUGGAUGACUUUAAGAAGUCUGAUCAGGAACCUGAUGUCGUAUGGUACAAGGAAUGCAAGCCAAAAAUGUGGAGAAGCAUAAUAAUACAGAAGGGAAAUGCUCUUCUCAUCCAAGAAGUUCAAGAAGAAGAUGGAGGAAAUUAUACAUGUGAACUUAAAUAUGAAGGAAAACUUGUAAGACGAACAACAGAAUUGAAAGUUACAGCUUUACUCACAGACAAGCCUCCCAAGCCAUUGUUCCCCAUGGAAAAUCAGCCAAGUGUUAUAGAUGUCCAGCUGGGUAAACCUCUGAACAUCCCUUGCAAAGCUUUCUUUGGAUUCAGUGGGGAGUCUGGACCAAUGAUCUACUGGAUGAAAGGCGAGAAGUUUAUUGAAGAACUGGCAGGUCACAUUAGAGAAGGUGAAAUAAGGCUCCUCAAAGAGCAUCUUGGAGAAAAAGAAGUUGAGUUGACACUUAUCUUUGACUCAGUGGUAGAAGCUGACUUGGCUAAUUAUACCUGCCAUGUGGAGAACAGAAAUGGACGGAAACACGCCAGUGUUCUACUGCGAAAAAAGGAUUUAAUAUACAAAAUUGAGCUUGCAGGGGGCCUAGGAGCAAUCUUCCUACUACUUAUACUGCUACUGGUGGUCUACAAAUGCUACAACAUAGAACUGAUGCUUUUCUACAGACAGCGUUUUGGAGGUGAUGAAACUACUGAUGACAACAAGGAAUAUGAUGCGUAUCUCUCUUACACAAAAGUGGAUCAAGAUACUUUGGACUGUGACAAUACUGAGGAAGAGCAGUUUGCUCUUGAAAUACUGCCAGAUGUCUUAGAAAAACACUAUGGAUAUAAACUCUUCAUCCCAGAAAGGGAUCUCAUUCCAAGUGGAACAUAUAUUGAAGAUCUCACAAGAUGUGUUGAGCAAAGCAGACGACUUAUUAUCGUGCUAACUCCAGACUAUAUUCUCAGACGGGGAUGGAGUAUUUUCGAACUGGAAAGCAGACUCCAUAACAUGCUAGUCAGUGGAGAAAUCAAAGUGAUUUUGAUUGAGUGUACAGAAUUAAAAGGGAAGGUGAAUUGCCAGGAAGUGGAAUCACUAAAGCACAACAUCAAACUUCUGUCACUGAUCAAGUGGAAGGGACCCAAAAGCAGCAAAUUAAAUUCUAAGUUUUGGAAGCACUUAGUGUAUGAAAUGCCCAUCAAGAAAAAAGAAAUGCUAUCCCACUGCCAUGUUCUAGACUCUGCCGAGCAGGGGCUUUUUGGAGAACUUCAGCCUAUACCUUCAAUUGCCAUGACGAGUACCUCAGCCACAAUGGUGCCAUCGCAAGCUGAUCUCCCUGAGUUCCAUCAUUCGGAUUCAAUGCAAAUGAGGCACUGUUGCAGAGGAUACCAACACGAGAUGCCAGCCAACACCCUGUCAGUACCCUCCUUAGGCAACCACCACACUUACUGUAACUUGCCACUGACACUACUCAAUGGACAGCUACCCCUUAACAACUCCUUAAAAGAGACUGAGGAAUUUUCAAGGAACAAUCCCCUACUGCCAUUAACAUCCAAAGAGCUUAGCUUCACCAGUGAUAUUUGGUAGCGGAAAACAAAAAAUCUCAACUCCUCAGAACAGCUAUAUGAGAAUAUGAAAUUUCGGCUACAGUGAGAAUAAAUUACACCUAAAAACAUUAAGGUGCUGAAAAUGUGAAGAAAAAGGCACAACAAUCAUGUUUGUACUUAAAUAUUUAUUAUUUAAAUUUAUAGAGUAGUAGGGGAAUAAAAGGUCUUGCUUUUGUAGUGUGGCACCUUGUCACAAUGUACAGAUUUGAUUUUUUUCUGGAAAAAAAUUGAAUUGUGUCCUUUUCAAGUAGGUUUUAUGGCACCAUAUGGACUGCCCAUACUUAGCAUUUAAACAGUAUUUUUCAUAAAAAAAAAAAUAAGAGAAAGAAAGACAGACAGACAGACACACAGAAGGAAAGAAAGAAAGAAAGAAAGAAAGAAAGAAAGAAAGAAAGAAAGAAAGAAGAAGGAAAGAGGAAGGAAGAAAGAAAGAAAGAAAGAAAGAAAGAAAGAAAGAAAGAAGGAAAGAAAGAGAGAGAGAGAGAGAAAGAAAGAAAGAAAGAAAGAAAGAAAGAAAGAAAGAAAGAAAGGAAGGAAGGAAGGAAGGAAGGAAGGAAGAAAGAAAACUUGAAAUUUUCACUGAAUUUAAAGAGUCUGAAUGAAGGUUUAAGGGAAAAGAGAACUUCUAUAAAGUGACUGAAAGCGUCUGAGAAUUGUACAGGAACAAAACAGAUUGAGGCAGCCAAUUGGAAGACUAUCCAAGAAGAUCUGUUGAGAAAAUGAUUGAAACAUUUGCAUCUUCUUCAAUAUAAUAGACAACUCUUGUAGACUAAACCAACAGCUUGUAACAAUAGCUUUUAAUUCUAAUAGACAAGCACAUCAACUGUACUCAAACUGGUAGGUAGGUCAACUAUGCACAUUUCUUCAUCAAAUGAAUAGAUAGCUCUAAGAUCUUUAAAAAUGAUUUUUAGUAAAACGUAUGACUUUCUGUAUCAUUAGAAAAAACAUUUUGCAACUUUAAAAAAUACAUCUUAAAGUGCACAAUUUAUUGUUUCUGUAAACUUUCACAUUUAGAUGUGGAUUUUCCCCCAAAACACACUUACCAUCUUCUCUAAGAUUUAUGUGAAGAUGUAGGCAUUGCCCUACUUGUUUUUCAGCCUCAUUGCAAGUUGAGCUUAAAUAUAUAUUGACUGAAAAUGUCUGCAGUUGAAGAGAAGUAACGACUAUUCAGAAAUGUUGAGCUAAGUGAUUUGAGUUUACUAGUGGUAGAGCAGUGACUGCAGACUUGCUCAUUUGCAGCAUAGUUGUGAAAUAGACUUCUAUUCUGUACACUAUAUGCACAAGGCUCCAGCAGAAGUAUCUCUAUUCCUGGUGCUUCAAAGAAUAUAUUUAGUAGACUGAGCUUGUUCAUCUUCAUACAGAGACUGGGACUGCACUAUAUCAGCACAUCAUUGUGAAUAACCUUUCUCCUGAUGGUUGUAUGGAACGUAUCCCUCUUCUAGGAUUCAUUGUGGAUCAUGACUUUUUGUCACUUAAUUUGGUGUCCUCUCCCACCUUAUACCUGGUGGUGGUGGGGAUCAACUGCUUAACUGCUUCUCAAAGUUGAUUCAGAAAUUGUACGAAUGGUUCUUACAGAAAAUCCUUGUACAAUUAUGAAAAAAGAUGAUAUAUACAAUGUGUAAAAAUUAAGACUUUGUUUACCCCUUGUGAUUGUGAGACCCAAAAUUAUUAUCAAAUAGGAGAAAAUAUGCUUUGACGAGAUUUGUCUCUAAUUGCUUUCCAUGGUUGCUUCCCUGUGAUCCAUCAGUGCUGUGAAAUUACUUAUUUCUCUGUUGCUUUUCUACAUCUUAUCUGUUCAGAAAAUCCAUUUUUGGACCAAAACCUUGGAAGUUUCACAGUGAUAUAUGUUUAUUUUACAGGGAGACAUCAGUUGCUCCUUUGAAAAGUCCUGUUCACCAUAUGUGGGUAUUUCAUAGAUGUGUUUUUCCCCAAGAAUAGAAACUUCAGAAAAAAAAAACUAUAGGUAUUUCAAAAUGAAAAUCUAUCAAUUCUGAAGUGUUUUCCAAGUGUUAUAAAGUUGUAUUUAUUCUGGGUGUUCUUUAAUGCUAUGUGUAAUGACUAAAUUAAUAAUCUGCAUGAAAUGAGUGGUACAUGUUUUAAGUGGACAAUUGUACUUUUUCCUAUUUUAUUUUUCACAGAAAUCUAGAUGAAUUCAAAUAGAAUGUUCAGUCAUAUUUUUAAACUAAUAGUUCUGUAUUGAGCAUGCCAGUUCUGAAAAUAUAACGUGGGCCUCUUUACUUCCUUUAUUUACAAUGAUUAAACGUGGGUAGCAAUUUGAGUUGGCUGGCCACAAUGUGUCCCUUCACUGCUUGUAGGUACUCAGAAACACAGCAUUCACACUUGUCCUGGGGAACUUGACAAGAAACCUUUUCUACCAUUUUCAGGAAAUAAUGUGUACACUAUCUAUAAAAAUUUAUUUCUAGAUGGCAAUUC